AUGACCGACGUCAACCCCCUCCGCACCGUCGCCGCCAUCUCCCUCUUCACCGAGGACCUCGCCGCGUCCAAGGACUUUUACACGCGCGUGUUUGGCGCCUCUGUGCUCUUCGAGGACGCCGAGUCGUGCUCGGUGCGCUUCAACAACGUCAUCCUGAACCUGCUGCUCAGCAGCGCCGCCGGGGAGCUCGUCGGCGAGCAGUUCGUCGCGGGGCGGGACGCCGGCAACCGCUGCCAGCUCUCGGUCUGGGUCGCCGACGUCGACGCAGAGAUUGCGCAGCUCAAGGCCAAGGGCGUCGAGAUCCUGCUCGGGCCGGAGACGAAGCCGUGGGGGAAGCGCAUCGCGUCGUUUCAGGACCCGGCGGGCCACAGCUGGGAGGUUGCGCAGGACGUGUAG